CUGUGUACUAAUAUGCUCAGGCUGCGUGCCUUCAGCCCUGCUCUUUCCCUCUAGUCAGGCUUGUCCCUCCACUCCCCGGUCCUCCAAGUGAAUGGGAGGUGGGGAGAAGGAGGUGGGUCAUCUGCCAGAAAAGUAUAAGGCGCCACGGUCUGCCCCAGGAACUCCAGGCUCUAACUCAGGGUCCAGGCCCCGCCCCUUCAGUAGCUUGUCCCUAGCUGGGGCUCCCCCCGUGGGAACGGGGACCAGCUGGCCGGAAGCGCCAAACUGCGUCCCCGUCCAAGCCCCGGGGAUCAAUCAGGCCGAGGAGUUAAUUAUGUAAUGAGGGGGCAGGGGGUCGAGGCUAAUGUAGCCUUGGGGGGAGGGGUGAAAAGGAGGGUACCCAGGUAUCCGGCCCCCUCUGGGACCCCUUCCAGGCCCCAGGGGUAUCCACCCCAGCCCAAUUCCAGGGCCUCAAAGAGGGAGGGGCUGUGAUGCUGGGUCUGGAGGGGGCUGAGCUGCAAGCUAUAAAGCAGGGUAUCUCUCAGCACCAGGGAACUCUAGGCAGCGUGUCCUGAGGCCAGACUCCAUGUAUCAUCCAAGAGAGUUGUACCCCUCACUGGGGACCAGCUACCGUCUUGGGCCCCCCCAGCCAGUGGCCGAUUCCAGCUUCCUGCCUGCCCUGGCAGAGGGCUACCACUAUCCUGAUUUGGACACUCCCAAACUGGAUUGCUUCCUCUCGGGUAUUGAGGCUGCUUCCCGCACCCUGGCUGCUCCUCCACCGUUGCCCCCACUGCCCCCAGCCCUGGGCACUGAGCCGUCUCCCCCAGCCACAGAGGCCCUUCAUUCACUCCCUGGAGUCAGCCUGAGCCUGGAGAACCAGGAGCUGUGGAAAGAGUUUAAUUCCGUGGGAACAGAGAUGAUCAUCACCAAAGCUGGGAGACGUAUGUUCCCUGCUUGCCGAGUAUCAGUCACUGGCCUGGACCUCGAGGCCCGCUACCUGUUUCUUCUCGAUGUGGUACCAGUGGACGGAGCUCGCUACCGCUGGCAGGGUCGGCGCUGGGAGCCCAGUGGCAAGGCAGAGCCCCGCCUGCCUGACCGUGUCUACAUUCACCCUGACUCUCCUGCCACGGGUGCUCACUGGAUGCGGCAGCCUGUGUCAUUUCAUCGUGUCAAGCUCACCAACAGCACACUGGACCCUCAUGGCCACCUGAUUUUGCACUCCAUGCACAAGUAUCAGCCCCGCAUACACCUAGUGCGGGCCACCCAGCUUUGCAGCCAACACUGGGGGGGUGUUGCUUCCUUCCGCUUCCCUGAGACCAUGUUCAUCUCUGUGACAGCUUACCAGAACCCACGGAUCACACAGCUGAAGAUUGCAGCCAACCCCUUUGCCAAGGGUUUCCGGGAGAAUGGCAGAAACUGUAAGAGGGAGCGAGACGCUCGUGUUAAGAGGAAACUUCGAGGCCCAGAGGCAGUAGCUACAGAGGCCUGUGGGAGUGGAGAUGCACCAGGUGGCCCCUGCGAUUCCACACUGGGUGGAGAUAUUCGUGAGUCAGAUCCAGAGCAGGCCCCAGCUCUCAGGGAAGCUGCCCCUGCCCCAGCUCCUCCAUGUGGUAGCUCCAGUGCUGAGGCCUACCUUCUGCACCCUGCAGCUUUCCAUGGGGCCCCCAGUCACCUCCCAACCAGGAACCCCAGCUUUCCUCAGGCUCCAGACUCUGGGUGCCCUGCGCCCUACUCAGCUGCAUCCCUAGAGCUGCAGCCUGGGCCAGGAGGCUCAGGAUACCCAGCAGCUGCACACCCAGCAUCCUUUGCCUCCCAUUUCCUCCAAGGGGGUCCCUUGCCCUUACCCUAUCCUGGGCCCGGGGCCUACCUCGAUGUAGGCUCCAAGCCUAUGUACUGAGUCAUUGCUAGCCCCUCUGCCUCCCUCCCUCAGUUGUCCACCACAAACUUCCAGUUCCCUUCCCCCAGACCU